AUGUGACUGCCCAGGGAGCUUCUGAAGAACUGCAUCAACAUAUUUCACUAAUGGGAGGCAUGUGUGUCAUUAAUGUAUGACUAAUAUAGGGAACUUCGUCAAACUUUUUCCCUCGGAUGCAUGGGUCAUUUCUACUGAGCUAUCUGAUUUUCUUUGUGAAUCAAUUUCACCUAUUGCGAGUAUUCCAGUAGGUUUACGUGUUGACAAUGUGAAACAUAUUUUGCAGUGUGUAUGCACUGUAGUCACCAGAUAUAAAUACGCGCACCAUGUAUUUAAUGUUCACGUUUCCACGAUACAGUUUACAUUUACAUGAUUCUGCCUAAUUAUGUAAUUUGUGUCGCAUAUUAUUUGCAAAAUUGAGGUUUGGGGAAUAUGCGUUCAAUGUCACGUCACUACCCCUCCCGCGACGUCGACUCAAACCCCUCCCAUUGGCGGAACGCGCACAUUCCUUUUGUCCAAGAUGGCGGCGUUGAUGAAGGUUCUCUGAUAAUGUUUUUAAAUGUGUUUAUCCUUUUAAUUCACAAUAAACGCAAAGUCUCAACGUUGUGGACAUUAGUUACAAGUUAGUAAAUCGUCCGUAUCUGUGCAACGUCCGAUUAAAAUCGAGGCAUUUAAUUCCAGACCGGAUUGUUUCUGCAGACACUGGCUGGCUAACUAGCUAACGUUACCUAGCUAAAAAGUUUGGGUAUCGUUUGAAAAUGAAACGACAGGCCGGGAGGGACUCCAGUCCUAGUCGGGCUUUAGCGAAACGAAUACGGGAAAGAGAGCGGGAACGAGACGGGCCACGGAGAGAGGACCUACCGCCCCCGCCUCUUGCCUUGCUGCUCGCUGAAAGCCGAAGGCAACAUGCUCGGAGCAGGAGUAGGGAACGAGAAAAGACGCGGCUUCGGGAGGAGCGCGGGGCCGCUGUAGACCCACUUCACCACCGACAACAACACCACGACCUCGGGCUGAUCGGCCGCCCCGCUCUCCGGACUACAGCCGCCCUGCCUAAAGGCAAAGCGGCGACCGAGCUACUGAGCCUCCGGGGGGGAGCGGGGGGGACUCUGGAAUACAAAUCGUUGCUCAUUAGCAAUCUAGGCUCGGUGCUUUCUGACGAACAUGUUGAAGACGGACUGUUCCACGAGUUWAAAAAGUUCGGGGACGUUAGUGUGAAGCUAUCUCACACUCCAGAGCUGGGCCGUGUUGCGUACGUGAAUUUCCGUCACCCAGAAGACGCUAAAGAGGCCAGGCAUGCCAAGACCAGGUUAGUGCUGUAUGAUCGCCCCCUUAAAGUAGAGCCCAUGUACGUCCGUCGUCGCAGCUGCACGCCGCCGGAUGUGAGCUACAUUCCCAUUCAUGGCGCCUCAUAUCCCCCUUAUAGACAGAGGUCCCUCUCCCCAGGGGCAGGAGUUAGCAGUAUCAGAGACAUCCGACCACUGAGACACUACCCUGUAGAGGGGUUGGGACUGAGCAGAGAGAGGGAGAGGAUCUUAGAUUACUACGGGAUGUUGGAUGAGAGGGGGCGGCCAUACGGGCUGCCAGUACCCGAGCACGAAGACAUAAAGCCAGAGGACGACGCGCGGGCGUGCAGGAACCUGUUCAUUGGCAACCUGGAUCACAACGUCACUGAGGGCGAGCUGAGGAGAGGCUUCGACAAGUACGGCAUCAUUGAGGAAGUUGUGAUUAAACGACCGGCGCGYGGUCAGGGGGGAGCCUACGCUUUCCUCAAGUUCCAGAAUUUAGACAUGGCUCAUCGGGCCAAGAUAGCCAUGCAGGGCCGCGUGAUCGGUGGGAACCCGGUGAAGAUUGGCUAUGGUAAAGCCAACCCCACCACGAGACUCUGGGUAGGUGGCCUCGGCCCUAGCAACUCCCUAGCAGCUCUAGCCCGUGAGUUUGACCGCUUCGGCAGCAUCCGAAACAUAGACUAUGUGAAAGGGGACAAUUUUGCCUAUAUUCAGUAUGAAAGCUUGGACGCCUCACAGGCCGCCUGUGCCCAGAUGAGAGGUUUCCCCCUGGGAGGCCCAGAGCGGAGGCUGAGGGUKGACUUUGCCAAGGCGGAGGAGCCCCUGCCUCGUAGCUACCCAGCAGGGUACCAGCCCCCUGUGCCCCUGCCUGCCCAUCUGGACUUGCUGCCAGAGGGUUACGGCGGGAGGCACCGCGACUGCAGCCUGGAGAGAGAGCUCCGUGCCAGGGACCGCUCGCCCCCCUCCCACGCCCUGUUCACCCAGCGGGAGAGAGAGAGGGCUCUGCUGGACAGGGACAGGGGAGACAGAGAGUUCAUCAGCCCAACCAAGAGCCUGGAGCGUAGGGGGGGUGAAGCAUUUGGGGGUGCCCGUGUAGGGCGGGGGGACCGAGCAGCCCGGAGCCGCAGCCGAGAGCGCUGGCUGAAGGAGAGGGACGCUGCGCGGGCUGGGGGGGAGAGACGGAGACGACGCAGUCUCUCCCUAGACAUGCCCUCUCAGGAGAAGGAGAGAGGCAGGUCCAAGGUGAGGGGAGGAGGACCAGCCUCUCCAGAGGACAGCCCAGACAGAGCCAGGGUCAGAGCCCCAGACUCCACCACCGAGCCCAGGGGACAGAGCCCUGACAGCAGCCGCCACUCCAACGAGGACCGGGGUGGGGGUCUGAAGACCGGCGGAGACAGGGAAAAGGAACGCGACCGUGACCGCAACCACAGAAAUGCGAGCGACAACAACCACACCUUGUCUGACACGCCUAAUAAAGACCCUAAGACACUCAGCACGCUGUCGGAGUAUGCUGCCACCCUCACCAAAGCCUGGCACGGUCACUUUGCCCUGAAGAACUCCUGCUUCCCUACUAACAUGCACCUGCUGGAGGGAGGCUCCGGGUUCUUCCACUCUGUCAUGAAGGACCACCAGGCCAAGGGGAAACUGACCCAGCUGAAGAUCGCCCAGCGACUGAGGAUGGACCAGACCAGGCUGGACGAGGUCACCAGGAGGAUCAAGCAGGGUGGGUCCGAGGGCUACGCUGUUCUUCUGGCCCUCCAGGGCCCCAUCGACCGCGAGGCCCCUCCACCUGAACCAGGCCUACAGAUCAGACUCCUCCGUCACCUGGUCACCUACCUGAGGAACAAGGAGGCUGCAGGAGUGAUCAGUCUACCUGUAGGCGGGGCUAAGGAGGGGGGGAAGGGAGGCAUGCUGUACGCCUUCCCCCCCUGUGACUUCUCCCAGCAGUUCCUCCAGACCCCUCGCAGAACUUUGGAGAAUUUGGAUGAAGAGCACCUGGUGGUUGUGAUUGUCAAUGACUCUGCCUAACUAAGACAGAAGACACCUCUCUGUCUAUAGUGUUAGCUGUCAUUGUUAUUUCUCCACGUCAACAACAGACUGAGCUCUGAGCAAGGAACUAGUAGGGAUUGUCAAUAGCUAAUUAAGUAAAACACCACUCYCUGUCUCUGUGGUGGUAAUGGCUGUUUCACUUCCGUGUAAAGGGACUGAACUGUUGUAGACCGACACCUCGUCAUCUCUCUGGGGGUGUUCCUAUGUCCCUCUCUAUGCCCCCUAACAGACAGUGUCAMUACAAACAGACCGAGCUGCUGUCACUCCAAGCAAGGGAUCCUUUGAGACUUACUGACAGACUUUGUAUUAAAAUAGUGGAGGAGGACGGGAGAGACAUUUUUUUCUGCAUUUCUUUAAGUGAAACACGACAACUGAGUGAGGGGUUGUUUAUUGUUUUGGAACUAAACAGACCAGGCAGUUUAUCUCAAGGCUUCUUCUACAAUGGGAGUUUGUGUCAUAUGAUGUGAUUGUAUCUUUUUUUUUGUUUUUAUUUGACCAUUCCAGAAGUUCCCACCUUCAUUUGAGAAUUGUGUGCUCUGAUUGGCUGUUGCAUGCAGGAAGUUGUUUUGUCGUACAGAUUUUACCUUCUAACCGGUGGUCAAGUUCCACUGCUAUUUACUGGCUAUUGAUUUUAAACCGUUGUUGUUUUUGAAAUAUUGUUUCAGCUACAGAUAUUAUUUGUUUAACAGUUCUGUCUUGGUCCUAGCGUGGUAUUAUACUGUUCAUGGCUGGUUUAUUUGAGCUUUUAAAAAAUGUACUGAAUGAGUCUAUAGCCUAUUUGGUCGUCGUUCCUCUCUUGUUGAUGCAACACUCUGUAGUGGUUGUACGGCAGAAUGGGCUACCUCUAAAUUUAUUUAAAUCAUCUGGUUUUUUGUUAUUUUCUUUCUUUUUUUUAAAUCACAAACAUGCAAUACAAAUGAAAUCCACUCACUGAUCUGUUGGAGUCAGUUCAAUUUCUCCGUGCAGUUUCUUUGAGCAAGGUUGUAACACUGAAAUACAUGUUUUUAUUCAUCAUAUUAGUUUAGGUGCAUUGCGUGUUUUAAACAUGUCUGUCUGUUUGAAUCAUACUGGGCCAUUUUAAUGUUUAUUUGAAGAAAACAUCACCUGAAUGAAUGGACUAACUCAUGAGUAGUAGAAUAGUUAAAAGGAAACACGUUUGUCACUACACAACAUCAGACUGGUGUUAGUUAAAAGGAAAAGUGUUUGUCACUACACAACAUCAGACUGGUGUUAGUUAAAAGGAAAAGUGUUUGUCACUAAAA